AUGGUUGCCGUUGAUGGGGCUACACAAGAGGAUAUGUUUAAUUCUCUUUUUUCUUUGGAAUAUUUCGGAUUAACAAAAAGUUGGCCAACAGAAGAAGAAAUUUGCCAAUUUAGAGAGUCAAUGACUGCCCAAGGGUGGUCUUUACAAACAAAUCAAUUAAAUAUUGAUGAAUGGCGUUUUAGUAAAUCAAAUGUUGCAAAUGGAGUUGUUAAGAAGGAAAAUUGA